AUGAGUACUAGUUAUUUGCUAAGCGAAGUAUCUCUGCCCGAUGUGGUCUAUUGGCCCUUAAAGUCCGUCAUAGCAUUGGUAGCUGUUCUUGGCAAUGGAGUGGUUAUGUGGUUGAUCUGUACGAGAAGGCGUUUGCACUGUACAGCAAACUGGUUUGUUCUAUCAUUAGCUUCAGCGGACUUUUGUACCGGCUUGAUUGUUACACCAUCAGAGCUUUUUUGUCUUUGGAAAGCACAAAUGUGUAUCUGGCCACUUAAAGUGCGCGCGUCGUUCUAUAACUAUCCAAUCAACGUAUCGAUAUACUGCCUCUGCGUGCUGACAUUUGACCGUUAUUUCUACGUGCUUAGGCCCUUACAAUAUACCAGAUGCAUGACCUCGAAACUAAUCGUAGGUCUUAUUUCCACGUCAUGGAUGUUUCCAGGAAUUUUAAACUUUGGCUCUCUUCUCUGGCUUGAAGCUCCAAAUCACAUUCAAGAAGAAGCUGAUAAAGUUCAUAUCUUAACACUAAUAUUUCUUGUCUCUUUUCUUCCGUCUAUCUUUCUGGUUUAUUCGUACACUCGGAUACUUUUUGCAGCUAUGAAACAGCGACGACUAUCGGCCGAGCACAUCACUCAGUUGAGAUUUAAUGAAGGGAAUGCAGCCGAAAGUCGGCGAAAUCAAUCGCGUAGACGGCGCGAACGUUCCUCGACAGUCAAAGUGCUCGGUGCUGUCAUAGCCUUUUUUGUACUUUGUUGGAUCCCCUCUGUGUGUCGUGCAGUAUGUGGAACUUUUCAUUUGUGUAAUGUAUCUGAAGCCCUGGUCAAGUCCUCGCGGCUUCUUAUUUUGUUGAAUUCGGGAAUAAACUUCGUUGUUUAUGCUUUUCUGAAAAAGGAUAUCCGGAAAGAACUGUACUACGCGUGCAAAAGGCCAGCAAGAAGAUCGAAGGAAAACAUCUUGCUAGUAGAGCGAUCGUCUAGAGCCAGCAGUGAGUCGAAUCGUAACUCGAUAAGAGUGGUGCGAUGA